AACCAGCCGCGUGAUAGUCCUCAAAACCUCGACUUCUUCUUCUCCUUCUGACACACCGCCCUCCAUCCAUCACCGUUCCAUCACCGUUCCAUCACUCACCAUCCCCAUCUGCAACUCCAACUCUAUCCUCUUCACAAACAAUCUGUGCUUCCACAUCACCAACCACAAACACAACAAUGGCUUCCCCCGUCGUCCGCCUCACCCUCUUCAAGAUCCCCGACCCCCAAGACAUCGACUACCUGGUAGCCAAGUUCAGCACGAUCCAGACAGACGCCGUCAAGGUACCUGCCAAGCCCUACAUCUUCGCCGCCAGCACCAGCAAGCUGCACGAGGAGCCCCGCAACCAGGGCUACACCGUCGUCGCCCGCAUCAUCUUCCACUCGAUGGCCGACAUGGAGUACUACGACAAGGAGUGCCCCGCUCACGCCGCUAUCAAGGAAGCUGGCAAGGGCAAGGCUACCGAGCCACCUUUGAUCGUCUCUAUGGACGCCAACCCGGCCGAGGCCAAGCGCAUGAUGGCCAUGCUCAAGGAGACGUACGGUGACGAUGGUGAGGGCGGAAAGGUCUAGCAGUGUGUCCACGCUGCUCUGGGCUAGAGGGCGGGAUCUCCACGAGCGGAGCGGUGAAGUGCCGGAGGAGGGGGUUGCUGGCAUUCAUAAGUCCAUUUCCACAGGGCCAUGGGACGGGGCACCGUCUGAGCUGGCGUAGCA